UACCAACCUGUCAAUAAUUAUAGGUUCAACAUAAACUUGCUAAGUAUACAAAAUGAUUAUGUACAAAAGUGUUAUUUUUCUAUUUUUUCUUAUUGUCAAUACAUCAAAUAAGUAUGUAAUUGCCGAGAACGAUGAAGACACAUCAACAGAACUAUAUGUUAUCGAGGGAAAAGUAUUUCCAUGGGAAAAUGGAGCUUCAAACGGAUGGCAACUUAUGACACACGUCAUGGCUAACGGCGGAGAACAUUAUGGUUUUUUGAGGGAGGAUGGAACAUUUAUCAUUUCAAAUGUACCCUCAGGAUCUUACAUAAUUGAAGUUGUAAAUCCAAAUUGUGUUUAUGAACCUGUAAGAGUAGAAAUUAACUCAAAAGGAAAAUUCAGAGCCCGUAAAGUUAAUUUAAUUCAAACGUCGCAAGUGAUACAAGUUCCAUACCCAUUAAAAAUGAGACCACUAACACCAUUUCGCUAUUUUCAAGUCAGAGAACAGUGGAGAGUAACAGACUUCUUAUUUAAUCCAAUGGUAUUGAUGAUGAUACUACCAUUCUUAUUAAUUAUGAUUAUACCAAAAAUUAUGAAUGAUCCUGAAACUAGAAAGGAAAUGGAGCAAUUAAAUAAUUUUACCAAUUAUAAUAUACCAGAAAUGUCAGAAGUAAUAACUGCAUAUUUUUCUGGAGGAGAGAAGCAAAAAUCAAAAGCAGUAAAAGCUGCAAAAAAGAGACAAUGAUUUAAAUGUCAUUAGAGUACAUGUUUGCACUUUUACUCUAGUCUUUUAGUUCUUAGCUACAUUUUAGAAGGUAUCAAAUUUUUUUUCACUUUUAAUAAUUUUCCUGUAAUUUUAUAUUUGAAAAAAUAGCAGUGAAUCAUA